AUGGCGGAUCGAGCGUAUGUGCCGCGGCGUAAGCGUCGGCGUGCAGAGCCCACUGCAUCUUCGACAGACGUCCAAACCGAUGCACCUAUUGCCUCUUUAACGUUUGAAGACUCAGCGAGGCAAGAAGCGUCCUGGGCGCGUCAAGAGCGAGGAAUCGCAGUCGAAGGAGAAGACCCAAUUCCGCCUCCAAUCCACAGUUUUUCGGAGAUCUCGCUGUCGUUGGACGCCAUUCAGGUGCUGCAGUCCCGCGGAGUGACAACACCUUCCGCUGUCCAGGCUCAGGCACUCCCGUGUAUCCUGCAGGGUCGUGAUGUGAUCGCUCUGGCGCCUACAGGCAGCGGGAAGACCUUUUGCUACAUCCUCCCGGUGCUUGGGCUGCUGCAACGGCAGAAUGAAGUUGCACAGUACCCGCUGGUGCCAAUGAUGCCGGUCUCACUGUGUGCGUUGGUUGUCGUACCGACGCGAGAGCUCGUGGAUCAGGUGGUCCAAGAUCUAUCUGCAUUCUUCCCAAGUUCAUCCAGCCCACCUGUCGUUGGAAUCUGUGGCGGCGUGGCGGUAGAUGAGCAACUCGUACAACUACAGCAACACAGCAACAUGGCCUUGACAGUCGUGGCGACACCGGGACGACUACUGCAUUUAAUGCAGCGACAUCAAGAAUCGCUGUAUCUCGGCCAGAUUUCACUCCUCGUAGUUGAUGAGGUGGACCGCGUACUGGAAGCCCCCGAGAUGGAAGCCCAGUUACGCGAGAUUCUGCAACUUGCGAAUACGGCUGGCCGGCAAACAUUACUGCUCUCUGCUACACUACCUGCCUUCUUGCCACGGCUGGCGAGGUCGGCUGUGCUUCGGCCUGUGACAAUUAGAGUGGAUGAAGCGAACAUGCCGAGCCGAGCUCCGUCCGCAUGGAUGUCGUCUUCCGCCCAAGCUGCCGAUAGUACUCGAGCGGCUAUAUUGGCACUUUCAAGAACGUCCAACGUGUCUCAUGAUGUGCAGUUCAUGCGUCCCGCGGAGAAACCAUCUCGCCUGCUUCGGGUUCUGCGAGCCACUAAGCAGCCGCCAGUACUUGUGUUUUGCAACUCUCGUUCUAGUGUCGAGCGUGUGGCUCGCCUUCUUCGGAGUGAGCAAUUUCACGUGGCACCGCUGCAUGGUGGUCAAUCACAAGGCUACCGCACACAGGCGUUGCGCGCCUUCCGAGCUGGUUACGUUGACGUUUUGGUCGCUACAGACUUGGCGUCGAGAGGACUCGAUCUACCUGAUAUCGAGCACGUCGUGCUGUUCGACAUGCCCCGCACUAUUGAAGAUUAUGUGCACCGUUGUGGUCGCACAGGACGACAUCCUGGAGGAGAUACUGGCGGCGCUGAUGUUUCAGGGAAAGCUACCUCGUUCCUGACGCGCGAGUGUGCAAUCGCUAUGGAGUUGAAGCAAGUGCUAGUUGCAGCCAAGCAACCUAUUCCACGUGAACUGGAAGUACCGAGAAAUUUUCAGCAGCUACAGCACAAUAGCCGUCAACUAUCGGAACAGUAG